AUGGCUAGGAUUGGACAAUUGGCGGUACGCGAUUGUACUAGAGAGGAAUGGAGGCUGGUGUUGUUGUUUGAUUUCGGAGAUGAAGUCAGCGUCUGGGGUACAGCUUGGAAGUCCGACCGCGAUUGGUGGGCGAUGCAGCAGCCCCCAAUGAGAGGAGGCAGCGAAGAGGGGUCAAGCUUCUCUAGAGACCAGCUAAUUGAAUGUAACGUGGAGCUGGAGUUGUUGGAUGCGGUGAUCAGCGUGGUUGGUCGAGGAACACACAUGGCAAGCAGGAAAGAUCGCAAGCUGACCGCUAGUCCUGAUGUGGAAAGGCACCGAAUGGGGCGUCCUAGGCCAGUAACAGCAUGCUGGAACUUGGCCUGUUAUUCUCCCGUGACCUGUACAUGUACGUCCCUCCGCACUGGGAACAGCCCCGUGACGACAUCUCAGAACGCUGUUGGCAGCAUUAGCGGCAGCUGUAUUGCGAUGCUAUUAACCGUCGCUCGCGGUCAAUGCUGUCUCGCGUGCGUCAUUGCACCCGACUACUUGACUUGCUCUGGCUGUUGUGAAUCAGUUUAUCCGAGUUCUGCGAUAUCGCACCAAGCCGUUAUUGCUUGA